AUGGGACUGCUCUGGAUUGAUCCAGAAUCUCCGUUUGACCAAUGGACUCCGUACGAAUAUUACUGGUCCGCCGAGCAGAGGAAAACCGUUCGUAGUUCUAUUCAGCAACUUCUGUAUCAUCACCAAGCCAAGAAAAACUAUAUCAAUUUUUUGUGCAAAACUGCAGUUAACCAGAAUGUUUUGAACAAAGCAGACGCAGAAAAAAUCAGUAAAAUUUAUUGGAAGCUUGAUUCGUUCAACUCAUUUGACUACACACAAAGUAUGCUGUUCGAUCCAAAGUAUUCAGAAUACACCAAGAAAAAUGUGGAUUCGAAAGGGGUUGUGAAGCUGAAAGCUAUUUCUGAAAAAUAUCUAGAGGACCCAAAACAGGAUCGCCGUUUGAGAUGGAAGUAUGUAUACUUGAACUGA